UUGUUUUGUUGUCAAAAAAUACAGGAAAAAUCUGCGAAGUUUAUAAAAAUAAAGGUUUUUUUAUUUAUUCAAGAUGAAUCAAAUGAAUAUGCAUGUACCGAUGAACCCCGUGGGCGCUUCUCCAAAUGUCGGCAUGCAGAUGCCUGUGUCUGUCUCAAUAAUACCGUCUCCGCAGCAAAUGCAGCCAGCUAUGGCUCAACCACCACAGCAAGACAAAAUGGACAAUAUUUCCAAAGUUAAAUCCCUGAUGAGCGCCCUACGAGAGUCCUUACCUAUGACUUUAAAAUCAGCUGCCCAAAUAUUACAUCAAAACCAAAAUAUUGAUGCAAACACUCAAAAGGGUGUGGAUAAUCCAGUUCCUAGAUUUGACAAAAAUUUAGAGGAGUUCUUCUCUUUAUGUGAUCAAAUGGAGCUUCACCUUAGAACUGCUACAACAUGUAUCCAGCAGGCGCAAUCAGCAGCACAUUACCUGCCCCUCACCGUCAUACCCUCGCGACUCGACACCGGACCCACCACACAGGAAACAACUCUAAGCUACCCCCAGUAUCUGAACACCGUUCGCCUGCAGAUAUCCUACGCAAAAGACAUCCACGACACACUAGUUGCAGCCGCACAGAACAUAUCACCCACAGAGUAAAAACAAAAUGGCGGUGUUUUUUUUUUUAAUUAUAUCAGGUAAGUGAUUUUUCAAUAAAAAUACUCAAAAAUCAA